AUGGUGACCACUGGAGUUGUUGCGGAGGGUUUAGAGACGAGGUAUAAGGACGAGGCUACGAAUAGAGCUGCGGCUGCGGUGAGAGUGAUGAAGGUUGUUUUGAGAAGUGAAGGUUUCGGAUUCGGUGGUGAUGAAGCUUUGAUGAUCGGGAAUCUGACCGGGGUUGGGUUCGUUUGGUUUCUGGAGAUGAUCGAUCGUCAUUGA